AUGAAACUAAAAACACUGUCAACAUUCGCGAAACAUAACUUCCAAGGACGUCAUUAUGCAGAUCGAUUCACAGAACCGACGGGCAUCGAACCGCAAAACAAGUUAAAAAUACCAGCACAGCCACGAGAACCGGCCUCUGCGGACACACCGGUACGACUACUGGACACAUGCGUUUGUUUACUAUCUGCCUCGAUCGCAUCGCCGAAGGUGCCGCUGCCGGGCAGUCGGCGCCAACUUUGGACUAGCGCCGGCCGGUGGACGGUGGGCAGCCGGCAUCGGGUAACUUACGGCGUAUGCCCCAAUCCAUGUCGUGACGGAGUGCGGAGCGGGUGGCUCGCGGCGUCGCGCCGACACGACUGCGGCCCGCCUCCCGCACUCCCCUACUACUAUUUCCAAUUCCUGUAUGCUCCCAGACUAACUUUGUUCACUGCACGAGUCAUCACGUGCAGGGCUAAUCCACGGCGUUCAAACAUCAAUUUUUGA